AUGCUGCGCUACUAUCUCAAUCAUUGUCUGUUCUCUUUAUUUGUCCUCUACUCGUUUUCGUUUGGCGACUUGGACGAGUUCGGGACACAAUUCAUCUCUUAUAAUGGCAGUAUCUCCGGCUAUUUCAAACACCCACAAUCAGCGCCUUCCAACUGCUCCACCUACUACUUCGACUCUCUUCAAAACACUAUUCUCAAAGUCGGCAUCAACCCACCUUGGGAUACCAAUCCAUUCUAUUUCAACAUUCAGCGUGACGGUCAAACUGCUGAUAAGGUAGAUCCGGAGGAUACAUGCAUUAGUCCGUGGGGUUGCACAUACGACCCGAUAUACAAUUUGUUCUUAGAGACGGCGUGUUAUCUUUGUCUCACCGACGAUGGAUCGUCAUGCGGAUUUUUCGAUCCAGUGGAGAUUCUCGACUUAAACAAGGCAACUACCAUGCAGUUUGAUGGCAAAGAGAAAGGGUACAGCACCAUUGGGAACCAGUCGACAUUUGUUGGUAAUAAUGAUGAUCUCGUCUAUACAUUCGACUUCCAACGACCGCAUAACUAUACAGAACAGCAAAAUUGUGUUGAGGGGGAUUCCUUUGAAUGGAAUGCCAAGACACCGUUUACUUACGCACUCAAUUUCACUAACACGAGCGCUAAAGCACUAUUCUCACUAACGAAUCCUUCUGGGACUGUGGAAUUCUCAUUUUCUGGAGCGCGUGUCGACGGGGGUCAGCCUUCCGAAUUCGACCCGUAUAACAACGGUAACUAUACUCCUAUGGCUUUGGACACAUCAAACCCGUCACAUCCGAACUUUACGUUUGCGAAUGGGAGUGAGAUUGUUUGGAAGAACUACUCAAACGGAUGGGGCGCUGUAGCGUCUUCUGCUGCCGUGCCUUCUGUUGAAAUAGAGAACCUUGGGACGGCGUUGAAGUGGCUUUCGGUGAUGCUGGUAGCCGGCUGCUUAACUUUCACCUGA